AUGUCCAGCGCAAAUUUGACCCGAGGCUCAGGGAAGAGAAGGCCAGACAUGAACCCUUCGCAAAAUGUGCAACCGACAAAACGAUCCCGAAGCGACGACGUUCCGACCCAGACAUUUGCGCUUGCAACUCCCCACGAAUCCGUCAUCGCGGAGCUAAAACCCAAGUACGAUGUGCUUCCUGCUUCGGUCAUAUCAUCAACACAGAUCAAGAAGCGUGUUACACAUGUCACCAAUCACUUGCUAGCACAGGGCGACCGUCCGCAAAUAGCUUUGCUGUAUGGGCGUACGGCUGAUGUUUGCAAACUCAUCACUGUGAUAGAAAAAUGCAAACAAGUUUUAAGCGAGGAAGGGAAACAAUACUACCAGUACAACCAACUCUUCGAUCAACCAGAGAAGCCGAAGCAAAAGGACAUUGUCGAGGAGACAAUACUUGAAAAGGAUGCAAUGAACGAGGAGGACGAUGAUUCCGACAGUGACGAUUUCGAAGUCAUGCACAGCCGAUUCGAAGACGCUGUGCUGCCGUGUCCUUCCCAACGGACCAUUAAGUCAAUGAGGGUUUUCCUCUCGGUCGUCUCUAUCCCGGAACUAAAGUCGAAGAAAGGCGUCACAGUCCAAUCAGGAGCAGCAAAACAGACUUGA